GUCUCGGGCAAUUACGUCAGUCGUCGGAUUUCACCGCCAUCUUUGAACGAGCAACUUAUGAAUUGCUUGGCUGGUAGAAAAAUAGAUCAUAACUUCAAGUUUCGGACAGGGAAGCAGUAGUUCCCUAACUGUGAACGGGGGAGCAAAGAAUGAGAACAAGAUGGCGGUGAAAACAAAUAAAGAAAUAACGAGCUUUAAGCUCUUGGAGGAGGAGCCCUCCGAAAUGAAACCAACUCCAGCCAUGAAAAAAUUUGUUGGCAUGGUUCUAGACAAGAAGGAUAUGAAGGAUAGAGAAGUGGCAUGUAGUUUUCGAAAUUUGACAGAAUACCGUGAUCCAGUUUCUAGUCCUCCAGUUUGUGUCAGCAAUGGCCUCUCUUUUGAACCAAACGGCUUUGACUCAGAUUCACCUGUAUCACCCGGUCCGGUUCAAAUGGAUGACGAUCGUUUACCCAACGAGCUUUUAGAUGAAAUCUGUGAGGAUAUUGGGAUGAAGGAAGGAAUGGAACUGGAUUUUGUGGAAUUUUUAAUGGAACAAGAUGAUAUGGACCCACAAACCUACAUGACACCAGAAGCUUUAACAACUGGUCUUUAUACCCCUGCAUUUUCUAAUCAUAAAAUUGUGAAUCUUCCAUCUGGACCAGGCAGUGAUUCUGGUUCAGUUACAGGAAUCAAACCUCUAGAACAAAAUACACCUAAUAAAUCAAUUCCAGUUUCUAUACCAAACACCACUUCUACAAUAACUUCGUCAGCCUCUAGUAGUCCUGCCAGUAAACGGUUUCAUAUGUCUACCUCAGAACAGAACAGUCCGGCCAAAUCCUGUUCAUCUCAGUCAUCUGUUAAUCAAGUUUUCAAGAUGCCCCAAACCCCACCGACACCAAAAAGACCCCAUUCAGCAUCACAAAUUUUACCAUCACCUAGUCUGCCCACAGGAACACACUCAACCACGUCAGUUUCCUACAGUCAGGGACAGGUUGCUACUAAAAGAUGCUAUUCACCAUCACCGCUAUCAUCCUGUAGUCAACAGCAAAUAGCAACUAAAAAGGCACAGGUUCCACCUCAAUCUCCCACCAGUAAACAACCCGGUACAUUGCACUAUGGGCAGACGUGUCAGAUCACUUCUCCACGACCAGCAUGUCCAGCACCACAGAAGCAAGUCACUAACUCCCAACAAGGCUUUCAACGUCUUGGUAAACCAGCACCUCCUGUUGUUAAUGUUCAAACUUUCCAACAACAGAGAUGGAUGCAACAGCAGAACAUGCAAGGUUACAAUAAUGAUCCAGCAGCAGCCUCCCAAUACUCCAAGGUUGACUCACCGUUAGACCAUGGCUAUUACUCAUCAGACUCGGUUAACCGAGGUCAGCCAACUUCUACUGCUGCUUCCGGAUAUACCUUGUCUUCCAUGACAGAACAACCAUCCAUGUACAACAUGAAAAGAUCUGAUUCGACGUCAAAUCUAUCUGCCAUGUCUGUGGGCUCUCAGUCAUCUCAAACCUGUAGACAACAAAGUGGUAUGCAACAACAACAGCAACAAAAGUCUGUUCAUUUUGCAGAAGGCUCUCCACAAGGUAGUCCAGACUGCCAGGAUACUAGUCAAAUGCAAAAUUAUGCUCAAGGCUAUGAUGCACCAGCUGAUUGUGCAAGUUAUGACCUGGAGCAAGAGUUUAGAGACAAUUCUCAGAAACCUAUGCAAUCAAAAAUGUUACCGCGUUUAUCAAAUGUGAAGCCUGAGAUUGCUCCAUACACUGUGCCUAAUCCUGGUCAACAACCCCUUCCCUAUGAUCAUCAAAGAAGUAGUUGUAGUGUUAGUCAAACAGGGAAUGGGUCUAGUCGUACACAAUCGUCUAUGCAAACAUUUGAUUAUUCUGGUAAAAAUGCAGACAAUAUGUAUUAUAUGGACAAUAAUCAGAAUAUGAUGCGAAUAGAAACGGGAGAUUAUUCCUCUGGUAAUUACCAGGCAAAUUAUAAUAACGGUGGUAUGACUGAUCAAAUGAAAGCUGUGAUGGCUGGUCUUCAGGACAACGAAAUGUAUAAAAAUCAACCGUCCGAUAUAGCGUCUUCUACGUCACAAGGUUAUAACAACAGUUGUUCUAUGCCGGGUAUGAACCAAGGUGCUAAUGCUAUGUUGUCAAACCAAAUGGGCCAAAACUACAAUCAGAGUGCAAAUUAUCCCAGUCCGUGUGUUAAUCCACAUAUGAUGAACGCAAAUACAAACUCUAUGCCAGGACAAUAUCAAAAUAUGUCUUCACAACAACAACAAUUCGAUCAAGCGCCAUAUUGUCAAAAUCGACAACAAGGUUCUAUGGCUACCCCUAUUUAUUCUAAUAAUGUGAAUCAAUCUAAUAUGGGACAAGGUAAUCAGUGGAUGGGAGCACCACAAACCCCUCAAAAUAUGCAAAUGCAACAGAUGCAGAUGUCCAAUAAGACACCCUUGGGUGUUCAACAUAUGGGAGGAAUGGCUGGUGCUGGUGGCCAAACGAUGCCACAUGGUGCUCAAGCUAUGCCACCACAGUCUAUGACACCGGGAGGAGUACCACAUAUGCAACCAUGCACAAUACCAAAUUGUACUAGUUGUAAGACAGGAUCACCGAAUCGUCCACCGAUGUUAGCAUCACAACAAUCCUUUAUUCAACAUCUUAUUACAGAUAGAUCUAAUGCCUUCCGAUCUCAUCCGCUCUUCCCGUUAUUAAGGGAUUUAAUUAUAGCUGACAUGAAUUUUAGUUCUCCGAAUUUCCCUUACCAGCUCAUCAGCAAUUUACCGGCUGAUUUCGACAAACUGUUACAAAACUUUCUACAACGGAAUCCUCCAACUGGAAAUUAUCAAGGCAACUAUGCAGUGGAAAGUGUGAUCAUGGAUGCUUUGCGUUAUGCACAUCAGUGUAUAAUAGAGAAAAUUCGAAUGAGGCAAGAUCAGGAUAAACACACAAAACCCACCUCCAAGUCGCUUAGUGCCAUAGAGGAAUUCUGUGAAAAGUUUGAUAGAGCUGUGCGGAAUACUGUUCCUGGUCAACCUAGUCCAAAUGAUGGUAACCCUAUGAUGCUGCCACCUGGUGGAGAUAUGAGUGGUAUGAUGGGAGGACCACCUGGUGGAGUCCUGUCUGGUGUACCACCUAUGGUCAAAGAACCCAAAUAUAUGAUGGAUCCUAAUAUGCAACAUCCUGGUUAUGUAUCACCUGGUAUGGGUAAAGUAUUGGGUAUGCCUGGUAUGGGACCAUCACAGUAUGAAAUGAUGAAACAAAUGAGUGAUAGUGGUAGUACAUAUAGUAAUUCAUCAGGUUUAAUUAACAAAGCUGAGUCUAAGAAACAUCCAAGUCUUCCUAAAGAGGCUGUAGCAAUGAUGUUAGACUGGUUACGAAAUCACAAAGACAACCCUUAUCCUAAUGAUGAUGAAAAAGCCAUGCUAAUCAAACAAACAGGACUCACAAUUAACCAGAUCAAUUACUGGUUCACAAAUGCAAGGCGAAGAAUCUUACCAAAGUGGGCUCAGUGUAAAUGAAGUGUGUCGUGGUAUUUAAGAAUGUGUUAAACCUGUAAUUAUUUUCCUAAAAGUGCUCUUUACAAAUCGCUCAUGUACAAUGUAUAUGGUGAUUUCUAAACUACGUGUUCAGCGAAACUAUUUAAAAUAGUGAGAGGGAUGUGUCCGUCAAAUUUGAGAUUAGUCUAUGCAUGGAGACGGGACGUCGUCUUCAGUGUGUCAAUAUUAUGGAAUCAUCUGAGGUUUCGAUGUCUGGUUUUGAGAGGUGAAGAAUCAAGAAUCUUGACACCACAAGGAGCGUACCUUCAAGAGGAAUUGUAAACUAAAACUGUACAUAGGAAUAUAAAGUUAUACUAGAAUCAUACAGCUACACAAAUACCUGCCAAAAUGUGUGUGCCUUAUCUAGAAGUGUGCUGGUUAUAUUUUUGCAAGAAAUGUACUAACUGCUAUAGACUUAAAACAUUUUAUACCAUAUAAUCAAGUAAUAUACUAUCAUGUAUCCAUAGUUACCAUGUAAACAACCAGGCCUAUAGUAAUGAUGUUGUGUAUGUGUAAUGGUAAUUGUUGUAUUAAUUAUUGCCCACUCAACGAAGAAAAGAUGUAUAUUCUUUACAAGAUAGAUAUUUAUUUUAAUGGCUAGGUAGUGGUUGGAAUUCAUUUGACUGAUGCAUUUAGAAAAAGAAAAACUGACCUUUCAAUGGUGGUCAAUGGUUUCUUUAUUCUAACGGUUUUAAAGAAAAUCUGCCCCUUUAAAUGGCCAGAGGUUUCUAUAUUCUAACAUAGUCAUUUGACUGAUAUAUUUAGAAAAAGAAAAUCUCACCUUUAAAUGGUCAGAGCUGUCUUUAAAUCGAACUUAUUCAUUUGAAUUUAGACCUCAUUCGGAGACAAGUCGUACAGUCACUUCUAAUAUUAGUUAACAUUCCAACAUUAGGUUUGACUAGAAAAUCUUAAUUAAUGUACACCUACUACCGAUGAAAACACUGAAACCUCUCAAGAUAGUAAACGAACAUCUCCCCCUGAUCUUUUAGUAUUUAUUUGUAGAUUUGUUUCUGUCUAUUUUCUCUUUCUCUUUUCUACCAGAAGUUAGAACUACUCUUUAAAUGUUUUUAUACAAAUAUAUAUUUUAACCAUAUAUAUAAUGUAAAUAGUAGGUAGAACCUAUAUAUACUAGUGUAGAUAUAUUAAUAUUAUCUGUACAUAAAACCCAAAACGUUGUUUUAAACUGUGAAACAUGUCUCGUUAUUAUUAUUGUUAAAAAGUUGUUUUCUUUGCAAUUGCCCUGAAUCAUAGAGAAAAAUUAUUUUGUCGUUAAAAUGGAAAUAAGAAAAUCAAGACCUGAAUAAUUUAACAUUUGCUUAUUUAUUAAUUAUUGCAUCCAACCACAUAAUAACAGUUCUGUAACACAAGAAAAACUACAAUAUUUUACAAAUUUGUUAAGGCAUGGAACCCUCAGACCCCAAAAAACUCAAAUACUUUUUCGUACCUAUUGAGAAUUUACAUAACAGAAUUUAGCACUUUGGAUUUCGUACAUCUGGGUUUCGACUUAAAGUUAUCUACCAUAAGCAAUAUAUAUAUAUAUUAUUUUUUUUUUAAAAAAAACAGGUUAAGCCCAAGGCUGUAACUGUGUUGUGUUGUGUUUUGUUUUUACAUAUCAAUGUCUACUGCAUGUUUUAAAAGUAAAGAGCCACAUGAACUAAACCAUACUAGUGUAAAUAGAUUUUACUAUUAAAUGACCAGUAAUCAAAGUUGUGCAAAUACAUUAUAGUUGUGAUAUUAUUUUUAAUCUAAUAAUGGCAAUAUCAACAAAUUUUUAUUUCUUUAAAUCUUGUUUUUCUUUUUUCUAUAAUUCUUUUUUUUUUUUCCCCGCAAGUAGAAUUAACGUACUAGGAGCAGUAUAUUACAUCAUUAAUUUGCCAGUCCAAGAGAAUAGUGCCUUGUAAUCUUUCAUUUUUAUAAAAGAAGUAUAUUUUGUGUGAAGCUUUUAAAGUACCGGUAAAGAAUGUUGUUUGUUUGUAAUGCCUUUCAUGUACUGCUAACCUUUAUACUUGCAUUGUAAUGUUACUGAUUAUCAGUGCCUUUCUUUAUUGUCUUUUUCGAUAUUAUGAAAAUUUAAGUUGCAUGGUUUUUAAAAGUAAUUAUUUUGCUGUUCAAUGUGGUUAUAGCCCAUUUAUUUUACUGAUUUUGUUUUCAAUGUUUUGAAUCUGCGAUUCAAUGUUUCAGUUUGCGAAUUCUCUCUUUUAACUAAAAGAAACUAUGCAGUUAUAUUGUAGCAAUAUUAAACAAAACAAUAGAUUUAUACUAAAUAAUUAUAGUUAAAUAUAGAUACAGAGAUUUAUCUUAAAAAUAUUCUUUUGUUCUGAUAUGUUCUUGGCGUUAUUUAUUAAUUGAUGUUUACUGCAUGAAAUUUCAUUCAUUAUCAAAGCUUUGAACAAUGAUUUGUUUAAAUUGUAAUAUCUUUUUUUCUUUUGAUUUUAUCUUAAUUUUUUAUUGCCUUCACAUCUUUAAUUUCGUAUUUCUUUUAAGAUAUUUUACCAAUUAAACCACAGAGCCUGUCCAUGGCUUUUGCUUGUAGUGAUGCAUUCAUCAAUUAAAUGAUGCAAUUUUUUCUAACUUACAAAUUUGAAAAUAAAGUUUUCGUGCCAUAUUAGAUUUUCAAAAAACAAUAUUUGAGAUGGUGAUGUGUCCUUCAAGCUAAAAUCACAUUCUUUGUAUUUGUUUUUAUGUCACAAAUUUAUUACACAAUUUCAACACAUUUUUUAUAAUAAAUGUAUAUUUUACAUGCUA